AAAAAUAAUAUGAUGUUUUUGCCAUUAGACAAAGAGUGUACUACAGGCUAGAGUUGUUCCACUUUUUACGAAAAUGCGUCAAAUGUUACUCAUUUAAGAGUUAUUAUUUACGAGCGUGGCCGUGCAUGCAAUCUGUCAAAUGAAUAUUGUGGAAUUGUGUGUGGAUACAUUUUUUGUUAUACAAUUCAUCUUAUCAGAAGUCCUAAUUAUUAGUGCAAUAUGCGUUUCACGCCUAUACUGCUCCGACAGCACAUUGGAUUUCACUUCAAAAAACACUGGAUAAUCCAGGGAAAACGAGUUCCCGUAGAAACCGGUGCGCAAGCCGAACUAGAGGCACGCGGAAUUCCCGUGAUCGAUGCUAAUGAGCUUUUAAAGGAACCGCUUGACACCACUCAGUACAAUUUGCUCGGUCAAUUACCACCAGAGCAAAAGUUGGACCAAAGUCAUCCACUGUAUAAAGAAGAACCUUGCUAUUUAUACGGUGAUAGGAAUGUCCUGUUGGAGGGCGUUCGACAAGCACAGGUUUUGCUUAACACUGUCGUUUAUGAUGAGUUACCACUGAGGGUGGAAGAACGCUUGGAAAAGACAAAAAUACCAGCCCAGCUUGACCGCUCGAUGCAGAGCUCGGUGAUGGCAGCUCUCGUGUUCGAUACUGAACAGGUGAAAACUGCAACCGUGAAAAUUCCCGAGCGACCGGCAUUUAAGUUACCUCGAAACUAUGGUAUAUCGAACGAAAGGAGAAAUCGUCUCCUGCUAUCCAAACUGGUUACGCACUGCGAAAGAUUUCUUGGUAAUUCCGUUAGUUCCACGAAGAGAAUAGUUGCUAAUACACGCUUCGUGGUUCCCAUUACGAAGGACCUUGAUCGAAUCGAACUCAAUCUAAAGGCGGACACAUUUCUUAUCUCGGCCGCUCCCAUCAAACCGCUUGAUAAUUCAGUGUACCGGCCACAGGAUCUCCCAAUACCGGAUCUUUUUCCCGUGAAGGAAACAGUCACGAUUCCAACGACAAACUUUUACGAGUGGCAAAAUGAGUAUCCCAUUAACCGAGACUACCGAUUUUCCCAUCCACACACGGUUCUGCUGCAUUGCAGCCCGGAGGAUGUUUCAAAUGUAUUCGAGACUACCGUGACGGAGGAUCAGCAGGAUGGGCGAGCCAUGUUGAAGGCUUUCUCAGUAGCAGCUGCUCGGGCUAGACAACUGUAUGGGGACAACGUGAAGGCACUUCCGCAUCCAAUCACCGUUCAGGCGGUUCAAACCGAUAGCCGGUGGUUCCACUUUAGUAUAUUUCAGCUGAAUACGCUAGAGUUGACCUCGACUGCGUCAGAAAAUCGCAACCUGUGGUUCCGCAAACCUCGGAUGGAUCUUUACUCGGAGUGCGGCUACCUGGUAGGCAAACCGACACUUCACGGGUACAACAAGGAGGUGUUGAAACAUAUGGCCGUAUUUUACGAUUCGGUAUGAAAACACGCACUUAAAUGAACCAAUAGAAGAAGGUAAUGAUGAAAA